AUGAGUAUACUUUCUAAUUGUUUGAGAGGAAGUGUAAGCAGUAUACAGAAGUGUUGGAUCAUCUACCAAGGCUCAGAAGCAGUUAGUUUUGUUAGAAAUCAACUUCGACAGCAUGGAGAUGUUCAGAUUGCUUGUGAAGCACUGCCUCAAGCAGUUCUGGGUGGGGCUCCUGCUUGUGUUGGGUUGGUAGCACCAAUUGAUGUUGUUGUACCUCCUGGCAACACAGGUCUGGAUCCAUCACAGACCUCGUUUUUCCAGGUACUUAAUAUACCGACUAAGAUUAAUAAGGGGACUGUUGAAAUCAUCACCCCUGUAGAGCUUAUUAAGAAGGGUGACAAGGUUGGGUCCUCCGAGGCUGCCCUCCUUGCAAAGCUUGGCAUAAGGCCAUUCUCUUAUGGCCUCGUUGUUCUUCAAGUUUAUGAUGAUGGGUCUGUCAUCAGCCCUGAAGUCCUUGAUCUUACUGAUGAGGACCUGAUUGGGAAGUUCUUUGUUGGUGUCUCUAUGGUGAAAUCACUAUCGCUUGCUAUCUCAUACCCAACCCUAGCUGCUGCACCACACAUGUUUGCCAAUGCCUACAAGAACGUUCUUGCAUUUGCUGUUGCUACUGAGAGUGCGUUUGGAUUGGGAUGA